UAUCUCUACCGCUCCGUAUCAGUUCCAAAAAAGCAGCGAACAUGCUCUGUUCUCGAAUUCUGUAGUCGACGUUUUCACACAACUGACGCAAUGCUUCGAUGUUGUUAGCAAACUCGAGUGUCCAGAUCCAGAAAUUUGGAAACGUUACAUGAGGCGUUUUGCUAAAACAAUCGUUAAAGUUCUAAUUGCCUAUGCUGAUAUUGUGAAAAUGGAGUUUCCAGAGCAUAUGAGGGACGAACGAAUUGCCUGCAUUCUGAUGAACAACAUACAACAGUUAAGGGUUCAAUUGGAGAAAAUGUUCGAGUCCAUGGGUGGGGAUAAGUUGGAGGAGGAUGCAGCCAACAUUUUAAAAGAACUACAGCAGAACCUUAACUCAGCCCUGGACGAUUUGGCUUCACUGUUUGCCAUAAGUUUGGAGCCACGUAUAACACAAUCGGUGCGUGAGCUUGGCGACAUGCUUCUGUCGAUUAAAGGAGGCAGCGGAAAUCUUACAGCCGGAAAUCAGGCAAUCCAGCGAAAUGCAGUAGCUGUGGAGGCUGAUGAUGUAUUGAGGCCUCUAAUGGACUUACUUGAUGGAUCUUUAACUUUGUAUGCCCAGUCGUGCGAGAAGACAGUACUGAAGCGCUUGCUUAAAGAACUUUGGAAAAUAGUGAUGCGAAUUUUGGAAAAAACUAUUGUUCUGCCACCAAUGACUGACAAAACUAUGAUGUUCAAACACUUGACGGAUAAUGCAAAGAAUUUGGCAUCAAACGCCAAAAUAGAAGACAUGGGACGUUUAUUCAAGUCACAUAUGGCAGGAAAACAGGAUGUGAAAAGUGCUCUUAGCGGCGUUAUGGAUAUAUCAAAGGAAGUAGAAAAGAACCUAUCUCCUAAACAAUGUGCCGUACUUGACGUUGCCUUAGAUACAAUUAAACAAUAUUUCCACGCUGGUGGUAAUGGGCUCAAGAAGACAUUUUUAGAAAAGUCCGCUGAGUUGCAGAGCUUGCGAUAUGCACUUAGCUUGUAUACGCAAAUGACAGACACUCUGAUUAAAACAUUCAUCUCAAGUCAGGUGCAUGAAGUUGAUCCAGAAAACGCAGAAGAAAGUGUAGGUGAAAUAUCUGUGCAAAUAGAUCUCUUUUCACAUCCGGGCACAGGAGAGCACAAAGUUAACGUGAAAGGUAAGUCAAAUUGGUACAUUAUAUUAUAUAUGUAUGUACUCAUUCAUGAAAGUGAAUGGAUUUGUCCCUCUUACUCGAAAUAUUGA